CUUGCAAAAAAUGGAUAUCCUUUUGGUUGGCCCAUCAAAGAGCGGAAAGACCUCUAUUCAAAGAGUUGUGUUCAAGAAGUUGUCUCCUCAUGAGUCCUUCUUCUUGCCACCCACUAUGUCAGUGGAAACACUCACUGUGGAGAACAAUCCUAAUGUGCAGUUCACAAUAAAAGAUUUUCCAGGAAACAAAGAGUUCGAUGCAGAGGCUGACAGAGCCAUUCUAGAGCAAACAGGGGCUAUCAUUUACGUCUUUGAUGCCCAGAUAGGUGACAUCGAGGAAUCAUGUGGAAAGCUAAAGGACAUUAUUGCAGAGGCUUCCAAGGUAAAUGAGAAGAUCUAUUAUGAAGUAUUUGUGCAUAAGGUUGAUAGUGAUCUCUACCAGAACGAUGAUCAAAAGAUGGAGGUCUAUAAUGAUUUCCAGAGAGAGAUAAGGAAUGAACUUAAGGAAGCGGAUAUUAAUGUCAACAUUACCUUUUAUUUGACAUCGAUUUAUGAUCAUACAAUCUUUGACGCUCUGUCUAAAAUUGUUCAGAAGUUGUUCCCCUUUGUGGAGCAUUUGAUCGAAAUGCUGAAUUCUCUCCAUACUAGCUGCGGUGUUGAAAAAGCUUUCAUAUUUGAUAUUAUCUCAAAGAUCUUUAUUGCAACUGAUUCUAGUCCAGUUGACAUUACUCAUUACGAAAUCUGUUCUGAAUUGAUCGAUGUGUUGAUAGACAUGAGUUGUAUUUAUGGCAAAGACAAUCUUAAGUUUGAUGAGGAGAGUAGUACUACUAUAAAGCUGAAGAAAGGGGACAAUGCUGAUGAUGAAGCAGGAAAUACCUACCUGUACCUUAAGGAGGUUGAUGAAUAUCUAGUCCUUGUGUGCUUGAUAGGCGAAGAAGAGUUCCAGAAGAAACAUCUGAUCAACUACAAUAUCAAUUUGUUGAAACAAAGUCUCAAAGAAAUAUUUGCUAAGAAGUAA